AUGGCCGACAACGUAGGUCUCACUACACCCAGAGGUAGCGGUACCUCGGGUUACGUCCAGAAGAACCGAUCCCUCCUUCGACCACGCGACAAAGUUCAGCCGUACCCCAAGGACUGGGAAUCGGCCAAACACCGCCCCCGACAACCAGACGCCGAGAUCCUCGAACAUGAAGCAAAGCGCGACAUUGAAGUCAAGGUCCUCGAGCUGCGCGACAAGCUUGAGGAUGAGGGCGUCGACGAAGACGAAAUCGAUGACCAAUGUGAAGGCUUGCGUCGCAAGCUAGAUCAAGAGCGCAAAGACGGCAAAGAUCUUGGUCCAAACGCGAGGCGCUUGAAGUCGCACCAAGUUCACGACCUUGCCAAAGCGAAAGCGGAGGAGAGCGAGAGGCUGCGGAAGGCACUGGGCAUUAGUGCAGACUAUGAAGAAGGAAGUCACUGGAGGAAGCAAGAGGAGAGGAUGCGCGAUAGUCUAGCCAAGAGGGAGGCCGAGGACGAGGAGAGGACUGCCAAAGCCAAGGAAGCUAGGCGCUACGACGAGGGCGACUCCGACUGA